ACCUUGAGGUGAACCACGGUAUCGAUCAGAGAUGGCGACGUUGUCGCCUGCUUUGCGUGUUUGCAGAGGAAUUAUCAAAGAAUUGCGAGCCGUCCAUGGACCGCAGUACAGACAGUCUCUGGCCUACAGUUACGUUAUGAGCCAGUUUCGGAAAAAUGCGGUGACGGGUGAAAGGUACUGCCGUGCCCAGCAGGAGGCGCUGCACGCCUCACAGACAUACCUGUGCCUCUUGGCCUCGACCAGGAACCACCAGCUCCUGCACGACCUGUACCACGGCAAAGGGGAGCGCAGCCAGGAGGAGGCGGCGGCUCUAGUGGGGCUCCGCCUCCCGACCCAGCCGGGGGGUAAAGGCUGGGAGAAGUGAAGGACUGGUGGACAGGGGAGCGAGGACUGUUUCUGGAGGAAAGAUGUUCGGGAAGUGUGAUGGAAGACGUUUGUGACUGCAGAACUAGCUUUUGAUACUUUUGUUUCCCUCAAUACUUGAGACACCGCGAUGACAAUAAAGUGUUUCUGGCGUGACACCGCUGUUGGUUUCAUU